GUGGCGACAGCAGGUUUCCUCUAAAAACAGUGUCAGAAUGACCAUAUAUUUGACGUCCAAUAGCCGAUGAUAAGAUAAAAAAUCAAUGUGCUCUAGCGGCGUCGUUAAAUAAAACAAACUUCAUGAGGGGAUUGGUAGUAAGAACAGUGACGUGUUCAGGAGGCCGGGCGCUUGCGAACAAUUUGACUGGUACCAUUGUCUUCUAUCAUAUCACAUGCAUUUAAAGUUAGGCUGAAAAACCAGUCAAGCGAAGAACCGCGUUCGCUUACCUACAUGCCAAAAUAAAAUGUAUUUAAAGGACAAAAAAAAAAAAAAAAAAAAAAAAAAAAAAGAAGAAGAAAGAAAGAAGAUUUUAUCAGACUCAAUACAACACGGCCCCUCAUAAAAAAAAAAACCCCCAAACCCAACCAAUACUUUCCUGAACAUGACUCAGCUACUCAGAUUUCACUCCACCUGCUUCAUGUCAUAAUGACCAACAGGGAAGUAGGAUACGAGGGAAGGGUGUAUGUGUGGAGGGGGGAAUCACCCAACAGAUGAUGCGGCUAUAACCGAUACGGAUGUCACACACGCCAUAUUGACAUAACUAUUAUGCUACCUCGCAUAUGAUAAGCUAAUACCUUUUAUCAAUAUAAAACCGCUGAACGCCGGUUACUGUAGCGAAUCGUCUCCUUACGCCUUGAGACGUUUUUUUACUUUUUAUGGACGAGAUAUUUUUACAGUGGGUGGAGUUUAUUGGACGAAAUCUGUGGUGACCCGACUAUUUUGACAUGGAAGGUCAAGGAGACUCGUUUGAGUUCAAGGCCACGAACCAUGGUGACGUCUUGUUGGCCGGUCUGCGUCAUCUCCGAGACAAGCAGCAGCUGUUUGACGUUGUUCUGGUGGUGGAGAAACAAAAACUGCCCGCUCACAGAGUCGUACUAGCAUCAUGUAGUGACUAUUUCAGAGCGAUGUUCACAGACGGUCUGAAGGAAUGUCACCAGGAGGAGAUCGUACUGAGCGGGGUCACGGCGAAGGGAAUGGCCAACCUUGUGGACUUCGCGUACACCUCGAAAAGCAACAUAGACUGUGACAGCGUUGUUGAUGUGCUCGGGGCAGCAAGUCACAUCCAGAUUCUGCCUGUGAUCGCUGCCUGUGAGGACUACCUCAAGAAACAUCUGUCUCUCGACAACUGCGUUGACAUCGCCAAUGUCGCAGAGCUGUACACACUGAAACCACUGGAGCAGUUUGUCUUCCAGUUCAUGUGUAAGAACUGGCACGAGUUCUGCAGCUGUCAUGAUUUCCACAGACUCCGAAAGUCACAACUUCUGAAGCUGCUCAAGUCUGGAUUUCCAGUCGACUGCAGUGAACUGGACAUUUUUCUGUCCAUUCUUAACUGGGUUGACCAUGACGUUGAGGACAGGCACGAUUGCACGUUACAAGUAUUGGACAAAGUAUUAUUUGAAAAUAUUUCUCUUCAGGAACUUCAGUCCGUCUGCCAUAAUUCCGUGUUCAAAGACAUUUGCUCAAAAGUACCAGGUCUUUCAAAACUGAUAAACUCAUUCAUCAACACAACUGAAUGUACAAAAGAUUGCGAAGCCAGAGUCCCUGGCAGCAUCACAUGUCCUAACUUAUGCAAAUGUAUAGCGAGAAAAAGUGUUCCAGGAAUAGGAAAUCUCAGGGGCUUCCAACAGACUGUGUUAGUAGCAGGUGGAUUCAGCAAUGAGACGGGAAUGACCAGCAGUGUCUGGUAUCUGGACCAGAGUAGCUCGCUACUGAAACAUCUGACCAAGAUCCCCCAUGUUGACCAAUGUAACUUUGGCAUGGCUGCCCACAACAACAAGCUCUACGUGAUCGGAGGAUGCUUCAACGACCAGAUGCAGGAGAUCGUCCAUCCGUUUGGAUUCUGCUACGACCCGGCGGAGGACAGCUGGAAGAGCAUCGCCCAAAUGACUCUCGAGCGAUGUCGCUUUGUGCUAGGGGUAGCAGACGGCUACCUGUACGCCGUUGGAGGCGAUCCCCAUGCCUCCGAUAUCCAGAUGGAAGGAGCUCCUUGCGAGCGGUACGACCCCCGCACGGACCGGUGGGAGGAAAUCGAACCGUUGCCCGGUGGCAGGACACAGCAUGCUGGAACAACGCUUGACAACCGCCUAUACAUCUGCGGCGGUUUCCAAGAAGACGAAGGCGUUCUCGAUGACCUGUGGUGUUUCAAUGCCGACAGCAACCAGUGGGAGAGAGGUUCGUCUCUGCUCGUUCCCAGAGCCGACCACGCCAUGUUUACACACGGCAACAAGAUUUACGUGAUCGGGGGAUGGUACUAUGACCCCAACACACGACAGCGGGUCAUGGCCUCAUCCAUCGACUGCUACGACGUGGACAGAAUGACGUGGGAAACGGUGGGGUCGCUAAAUGAGUCGAGACUGUAUGCUACCUACACUCUGCUCAACAACGUGAUCCAUGUGGUUGGUGGCUGGAGGAAUGGAAAAUAUCGCCAGAAGUGCAGGAGUAUUGACAAGUUUGACCUCGACACACGCCGGUGGACUAAAGACCAAGACCAAGAUUUGGAACUGUGGGAACACAAUACGUGUUGUCUGUACCUCCCUAAGUCCCUCAGCUAUUAACCUAGUGCUAUGCUAAUACCUUUAAUGACAUGCUAAUUUAUUAUAUUUUAAAACAUGAAGCUACCACGUUGAAUUAACCACAGAUUUGUUAUUCUGCAACAGUGACACCCAUUCCAGCAUUGUAAUACGGUCAGUUACUUAAUCCUCUUCGUGUGAGGUCACACAUAAGGCCGACACUAAAGCACGCCAAUGUUGUCUGUCCGUUGCAGACUUCGUCACCUGGGGUCCAUUUCACUAAACAUCGUGAGUUUACGUCUGCUACUAGCAUUGGGCACUAGCCCUAACUCCACUCAAGAUCUUUCAUCUCCCGGUCAGUUAGCAUGUGGUAAAUACAAUGGGGAGAGUCAGGCUUUAUAAUAAAACGUGUUUGUCUUCCAAGUGACAUAAUAGUAUUUAGAACUGAGCAUCCUUACUACUAAUAUUACUACUAAUAAGUAAACAAUUUCCAGUAUAUUGUUGCCUGUAGCAUACACCUGGAAAUUAAUUAAGCACCGCCAAGUUUUGAUCCUGUAGCUUAUAACUGACAAGUAAUUGUGAACAAUUCGUUGGUACAAAACACUGGAAUUAACGUUCUGUGUGUACAGAUGAUAUUGGAAACCAGGCGCGGAUGCAGGAUUUCUGAAAGGGGGAGGGGGAAUCCAAAUGUGAUGACAGGGCUAGCCCUGGGUUGCUAUUUUUGUUCGCUGAUGACUUAUCUCUCCUUUAAUAUAAUUACGUUUCCGCGUAAAGGUUAUGGUCGGUUUUCAAAAGGGGGUGCGGGGGGUCCAGACCCCCCCCCCCAAUCCGCUACUGGAAACGAUCGACAGCAAGUAGAGCUGGGCGGUAUUGAAAUUUCGAGUUUCGGUAUCAGUAUCGGUAUUUUGGGGGUAAUUUAACUCAGUAUCGGUACGGUAUUGGGUAUUGAUAUAAUGCCUAUACCGAUACCAAUAUCGAGCGAUAUUUUCGGUAUACUCGGCUUUAACCGAGUUCAGACUCGCCCGCUAAUUUCAUCUAAAUAAAAUUAAAUUCCAUACACAAUGCCCUUAUUUCUCUCGUCUUUUCAGCUAUUUUGUGUUCGUCAGAUAUAUCGUUAGUGGCGUAAAACAUUUUUCAAUACUGGAAUUUCGGUAUUUUGAUAUUUGCCCUGUACGGUAAAUCGGUAUUGACAUGAUGCCGAUACCGAACGGUAUAUACGGUAUACCGCCCAGCUCAAACAACAAGUGGCACUGUCGUUAUACUACUAUUGUAAUGUAUUCUAGUGAAAUAAUAAUAAUAUAAAAAAGACUGUGUACCUUAUGUAUGGUAAUUAACUAUGGAGUCGAAAUCACACUAAUGUGCUCAGUGGCGGAUCCAGAAAAUCAAUUUGGGGGGGGGGGCAGUGACAUGAGGUGGAAUGCCAAGGGAACUUUGGGGGAGGUUCGGAGGGGGAUCGUAAAAAUAUGAAAAUUAAUAUAUAAUAAAAUUAUAACUAUCGCAAAAUUUGGGGGGGGGCGAGCCCCUGCCUCCCCACCCCACCCCCAUCUAGAUCCGCCUCGUGAUUAAUUUAUUCAUGCCAUCUCAGUAAAUUCACAGUAGAUAUAGAAUAUGUAAAAAGUCUGAAUAUUAGGUUUAAACCACGUCGGCACGGACGGUUACUUUUAGGCGCCUUUUUGGUUGCUACGUUAUACAAAAGAAGUCAUUUCAAGUGGUGCUUAAUUAAAUUCCAGUUAUAUAUUAUACUGAUCCAGUUAUAUAUUAUACUGAUUCAGUUAUAUAUGAUACUGAUCCAGUUAUAUAUUAUACUGAUCCAGUUAUAUAUUAUACUGAUCCAGUUAUAUAUUAUACUGAUUCACACAUUGUCAAGUAAUUUUCUCAGUUAAUACAAUAAAAGGGAGAAACGUGCAGGUGUAACUGGAUGUUUUCGCACAUUUUAAUGGCGACAACUCUUGGAUAACUGCAUGUGAUUAAUUCAUAUAAAUAUAAUGAAUUUGUUUUGUUAUUAAGUUUUACUCGGGUGUUUUUAAGAUGUUUAUAAAAGUCUGCACAUAAUCGCGUCCGUUGUUGUAAUCCUCUGUUAUGGGGAUAUAUAAUUUAAUUGCAGGCUAUCUACCUCAGCUUUAAACUAGUAAUUAGUUCUAUCCAGUAUUGGUCUUAAGUCCAAUUUUCGUUCCUGUUACAACACAACCAAUCAACGUUUCAACCUUUCGAUAAAUUCGUCCCAAUAAAUCUUGUCCCAAGAACCUUAAACCCAUUUCUCUCGCAGAUACCGUAAUCCCACGGUUUCCAUUAAUUUUUGUGCAUACACUAUUUUUGAUUUUGUUUCAGAUUUCAUAUUUUAUUGAUUUAAUUUGUCAGCAUAGUACUUAAUAUAGCUUUGUCAUUUAACUAUUACUAUUGUAUUCUGUUUUACUAUUUAGUGCAAUAAAGUAGAAAAGUAAU